AAACCCUUCAUCUGUCCCACCCCCCCGCUCGAUCUAUCCCUGAACCAUUUGGUGCUGACAAUAAGUCAUGUCUGAACGAUAUCUUGACCGGUCCAGUGAAACCUGGUGGACCAAUCGGGCUCGCUCUCGUAGUGUAGACCCUGUUCAGUUCGAUGACAAUCUUGAGCCAAGAUCUGAGAGUCGUCCAACUGGAGUCGGUAAAAGCUCCUUGAUCAAUCUGAUUGCAGGCAAGGAUAUCGCCCCCACAUCCCCAGAUGCACUUCCCUGCACCACUGAAGAGCAUGCCUACGAGAUCGAUAUACGUGGCCAGAGGUACACUCUGCACGAUACAUUGAAAUAUUUCUUGAGGAAGAUAUCUGAAGAAGAUGGUCUGCAUCUUCUAGUAUACUGUGUGCGUGGGUCAAGGGCCACCAGAGCACUGCGCCACAGUUACGAAACCUUUGCUGCGGCGAUUGCAGGGAUGAAAGUCCCGGUCGUUCUUGCUGUGACAUGCGUCGAUGACCUGUCGGAAGCAGGUGAAUGGUGGAAGAGGAAUGGGAAAACUGUGGAGAGCCUUGGGAUCCGGUUUGAUGCCCAUGCUUGUAUAUGUACUCUUCCCGGAGACUCAUACCGUGAUCGCCGCUACCAGUCAAAAAUCGACGUUUGCGAAAAAAUCUCCGAAUUAUGCGGCCAUGACGGUUUUCGUGUGCGACGUCGCCCACGGCGCCAGAGCAGUUUGCCUUUUACGAGAUGAGAUUUAAUGUUUGUAGAAUUACUUACUAUAUAUAUAUCACUGGUUUAUAUUUUC